AUGUCGAAGCACAGCCUAUUCCUCUUGUGCCGGUCACGGACGGUCGCCAUACCACCUCAAACCAUCAUAAUCAACCUACACAACCGAUACAUCACAACAACCACCACGUUUUCGCAGACUCCUUAUACGCCUACCCGAGCCAUCCCAACCUACCUCCUCCCGUCACAGAACCAAUGGCGACCGCAAAGAGCGUUAACACCUUACCUCCGGCAUCCCCGUACCGCCCUAGCCGCUUUCAACACCUCUGCCAUGGUUAAUGCGACAGUCGCAACGCUGAAUCCACAAGUCGACGAGGACGGACAACCUCUGCUUGUUUCAAUAUCACCCCGAGCAGCAAAGCGUCUACGAGAAAUAACGAAUCCCGCUGCUUCUCCGUCCGCUACACAAAAGGAAAACCCAUACCAUCACCUACGCAUCACAGUGACUAGCGGAGGAUGCCACGGUUUCCAAUACCUGAUGAGUCUAGAGCCUAGCUCAAAGAUAAGUGAAGAGGAAGACACCGUCUUCGAAGUUGAAGAAGAUACCCCAGACGCUGUACCGGGUGCGCCAGCUGGUCAAGCAAAGGUCGUCAUGGACUCGGCCUCUCUCGAGCUACUAUCAGGCAGUACGGUUGACUACACCACUGAACUUAUCGGCAGCCAGUUUAAGAUCGUGGAUAACCCGCGUGCCUCGAGUAAUUGUGGGUGUGGAACGAGUUUUGAUAUCAAAGAAUAA